AAAGGCACCGGCAAGGGGGGCAGGAGAGCAGGCCACGGUGUAGACCAUGGCGGAGGCGUUUAUUCCAAGGGCGGGGCCAAGGGUCCCCGAAUGAGAGGCAGCCACGUCGGGCCGGGAACGUUCGGCUGCGGGCGCCUCGGAAUGCUCUUCAUGGCGUUUCGCUUCUUGCAGAGGAAGGUCGGCAAGAAGAAGAAGAAGGGCAACCACAACAACAACAGAAGACACCAAGGAAACCCACACGGACUGCCGAACAACCAGCCUUACGCCUCCGGGCAGCCGCAACCGUACGUGUCUAACGCGCAGCACGCGGGGGAAGAGAAGGUCGAGGAGAUGCCGGUGGCGGUUGGCGUACCCGUCGAGAAGUGAAAACCGUCGUCGGAAUAACCGCUGUUUGAGAUACCGUCGUUUGCUCUCAUUUGGGUUCUGAAUAUGCAGUCAUCUCCACUGCGGUACCCAUGAGUGUGGAUGGGAGAUCAACUUCGAAGGUGGUGCGGGUGCUCGUCAACACUUGCUGUACGUAAGUAUCCCCGUCUGUGAAUUGUUAACGUUUUGUGCAAGGUUUGAGUUGUUUUGUCAUUCGUUCUGAUAUCGUGUGCAGGUUAGUGCCUCUUGAGCACCUCUUCAGGUUCUGGAAGAGCUGUUCGUUGGUGUAUUGGGGUGUUCCUUGAGGGUCGCGACUUUUAAAGAAGUGUUAUGACGCGUUUGAUCCCCCCCCCGAGGUUGUUGGACGUAUUCCUAUGCUCGGAAGAUUUCUCUCGUAUCUUGACGAAAUUAUUUUUUGAGUUAUGUAGACAAAGUAGGCGUCCUUUAAAGUUGUGGCUUAUGAUUGUCGUUUUGGUCGUUGUCGAGAUGCUUAAGGAAGAUUUUCUCCGUUGUUUCUUCCGUUGUUCACUUAUGAUACAAGAGCUGGUUUUUCGUUCUGAGGCAGGCCCUGUAAGUAUGAUCGAUCUUGGCUUGGGGGUUUAAUUGCGGCGUUUUCUAGACAGAGCUGGAGACGUCAGAGGAAAUGUAUGUAAAAGGGGUGUAGGUGUGUAGUGGUGGGGGUUAAUGUGUAAUCUGGACUUCAUUUUGAAACUUGGGUCAAGCUUCAUUUUUUUCCUCCUUUCUUAGAUGCGCGCGUGCGUGUGUUGUCACCGACUUGCGGUGUUCGAGAGCUGGCGCUUUUAGGUACAAUACCUGCAGUCAGUGUGGAGUGUGUAUUUGUGCAUGUAUCAAAUACAAAUACCAACCAUGGGAAUUACUGCUGGAUACCAGCAUUUUCCAUUUUCCAUACGUAUGACAGCAGCAAGCAAUUUGCGAACGAGAAGCACUACAGCAGCAUAAAGCCUGCCGAUACGAGAACGGAUUCAGCAUUUGUUGGGCUCAAGG